CCGGCGGAUACAGCGUGGAAAAAGAGAGACGACCGCGUUGGGCGCGCGCGCGCGCGCACUUGCGGAAGAGAGCAUCGGCGCGGCGUGAGUGGCGGCGUGGCGCGAUACGGCUUGGCUCGUCUCGGCUCAGCUUGGCACGGCGUGGCGGAGCCAGACCGAGCGAACGGAGCGAGAAGCGUGCUCGCGCCGAGAGACGAGUCACGCUAGAGCGACGAGGACGAGAUAGAGAGACGGCGGGGUAGAGUCGGGCUAGUACGGGAGCCCGAGCGAGACCGAGUCGAGCCGAGGGCACAGAGAGCCGUUGGCGUAGUAACGCGUGAGGCUCGUAUAGCGUCGAGCCUGCUUGCUGCUUGCCUGCCUGCCUGCCUGCCUGCCAGCCAGCCAGCCAGCCUGCCUGCCUGCCUGCCUGCCUGCCUGCCUGCCUUGCUAGUUGCCCUUCCUCCCUCGACAUCCCGCAUCCGACCGUCCGUCCGACAGCCCGACUCCAACUCUAUCCGUGUGAACCGCGCGUCUGUGUCUCUCCGCGUGGUGCCUCUGUCGGUGGCAACUACACGCGAGCGCUUCGGCCUUGCACUUGUGUGCGCGCACGUCCGUGCGCGCGUGUGUUGGUUGGGGGUCCCGGCCCGACUCGGCGCUCUCGGCCCGUCCCGUCCCGUUCCGUAGAGUAUCGCACCGCGCCGCUCGCCACCCGCUAUCCACAGCAGUUUCAGCCAGCCCGCCCGCCUGACUGCUUGCCAGUGUCCCACCGCACGCCGAACCGUUUGCACUCAGAAGCGAUCAGGGAGCCCUUCUCUGCCUCCCUGCCGGCCACCCUGCUCGUACGCUCUCUCGUCGGCACCCCACUUCGGCCUCGUCACCCACGGCCGUAUCGUCCCUCGUCUCCCUCACCAUCGUUCCAUCACCCCGUCCUUUUUUCUCUCGCUUUACACACACAUACGUACACACGUGUCCCUCUCUUUCCCUCUUGAAAUUUUCUCCCUCUUCGUCCCUGGCGCGCGGCGUUUCUUCGCGUCCCACUCUGUCCCGUCGAGACCUCUCCUCGCCCUCCUCCGGUAGUCGAGUUACACUCGGCGAACGCACGAGCACCGGCUAUCGCUCUCUCUGUCGGCUGGUUUUCCAUUCCGUUCACCCUCUCGUAUCUCCCUCGUUCGCGCUCCGUCUCUUUCCUUCCGCGUCCGUCUGUCCUCUUCCCCCUCACGCGCUUAGCCUAGCCCUCCUCCGCGCCGUUCUACGAUCCCCCCUACGUUCCGCUCGCGACACGGCUGUCCUCGUCUCGUCGCGCCAACCGUCCUCCUUCUCCGUCUUCGAUUCCUCUCUCUCUCUCGCACGGGAGUAACGCCGGUGUGUACUCCCGCUGUCACCUGAUCGCGGGACGCUUUUCGCGGGUGAGAUACCGCUCGGCCACCGAGUCAACCCAGUCUGCCGGCGUUCUUGCUCCGAUUCUUCCUUCUCGCUCUCCUCUCUCUCUUUCUCUCGCGCGCGCUUCGUUCGUCUUCGUCCUUGUUCCGUUUCUCUCGCUUACUCCGCUUUCCACUUCUCUUCCCUCCCCACCCCCGCGCCACCUUCCACUCUUUACUCUUCUACCGCCGUUCUUCCUCCUGCUGGUCGUCGUAGUGGUCUUUCUAUACUCGCCUCGUUGCCGCGCGACGUCAACAUCAUCGGGCUGGUGGUUACCCGGAGGAAGAAGAGAGGCGAGAAAAAAGGAAAGCGAGCACAGAAGCGGCCGCCACCGUCCGACGGCGCUCGUCCGCGGACGAUCUCUCGCCUCUUCCUCCUUUCACGGAUCUUCGCCGGCACGUCGCUUCGGAGUCGCCCGGAGAGAGAGGGAGGUGACACUUUCGGGCAGACACGCGGCACGGAUCUCGCGCAUUCGGUGGACGCACGCGAGGACACGGAAGAGCCGCGCUCCGUUGCAGAUUGGUCACGGUGCCAAGAUUUCGUCUUUUUUCUCCCGUCCUUUUUUUUCAAUCUCCACUCGGAUCCUUUGUUCCGAAAGCGUCUCGUGAGUUGAGUGAGCUCGAGCCGGUCUUGCCAGUGCUUAAAACGGGCAAUUCCUAUUAUUCCAGUGUGACAGUGCCGAGGACGACGAUUUUCAAGCGCAGCAUCAUCGUCGUCGCUGCCAUCGUCCGCCUCGAAGAAAAACGCCGGGGCGUUUCUCGAACGAUACGGUGUUAAUGUCGCCGCAAACGACUCGUUGAAUCUCUGAACGAGCGAUCGUGGAUAAUCCCCGCAGUGUGACUUUGGUGCUUGUAGUGCUUAGUGUCGAUGUGCCGGUUGCAAGAUAACGGCGAAGAACAGAAGGCCAUUCGCGAGGCGUAAUCACGCGAACGACGCAAGUAUGGCCAGCACGACAAUGAUGGGUCUGCGUCGCAGAGCGCCGGUGAACAGUUCGCCAACUCCUUCGAAUCAGUCGCCAUCCACGACGAGUACGUCGUCAUCGAGCAAGCGCUUGAGGAACGAGAACAACAACAGCCCGUCUCACGGCAAUCUGAACUCGAUGAACGGCGGCUCUCGGGACGAGCCGCCGACGAAGAAGUCCCGCGGGACUUCGACGAGCGGAGCGAAGGGUAGUACGUCUUGUUCAACCACGAGUACCUCGACCGACAGCCACAGCUCGAGGAGUCGCGGGACUUCCGUCUCUAGAUCGGCCACUCAGACCAAGUCGUCGUCCACUUCGACGGCUGCCACCUCGGCUGCCUCUUCCUCGACGAGCGAUAUAUCGAACGGCGCCGCGCUCUCGACCAGCUGGACGACUACGUCAAGCAUGUCGGACGUGCUGUCUUACGCUUCCGUGACCGGGCUCAGUUUGACGGGCGGACAAACGGCCGGCCUGUGCGCCGGAAGCCUCGGCAUGCCUCCUGCACCGAUACCACCGUACAUGUCGACCUCCAUGGCGACCUUCGUUGGGAACGCCACGAACCUCGGUAAGAGCUCGUCCGUCUCGUACCUCGACAUUUCCAACAUGACCGGCAGUUCCUUGGCUGCUUCCGGCGUCGCCAACUCGUUAAACAGCGGAUACGCGACGAACGGCUCCGCCGCCGUAGACACGAAGAGCGGAAUAGCGUUGUCGAAUGUCAACGGCGGCUCGUACGUGCAAAAGAGCCCGAACGGAGCCGACGUGGCCGCCGCUUCGCCGAGGAAAUUUCAAAAUGACGCCAUGUUCAACGCUUAUCAACCGUGGGUGAUCAAGACGUACGGCGAUCUGGCCAAAACUAAGACCAUCACUAUCAAGAAAUACGCGCGCAUCCUGAGGACGUUGCGAGGCGAGGAAGUGAACAGCGCGGAGAACAGCAAGUUCCGCUUCUGGGUCAAGAGCAAGGGUUUCCAUAUCGGUCAGCCGGAAGGCUACGACGCGAAACCGGCCGACAGGAUUAUCGGACGUCACGCCGUCACGAGCCCGGGAUUGGAUCCACCGCUCUACGUGCCCACGCAGCUGCCGCACAACAAGGCAUUAAAUGGUGCCGAGGGCACAGUUCCACCUGGACGAGUGUACAAGAAGGUCGCGAUUGUAGAGAACUUCUUCGACAUUAUCCACGCCGUUCACGUUGAUCUCGAAGGACGUCCUGGGAAGCAUGCCGGUCAGAAACGCACUUAUAGAACGAUUACAGAGACGUAUGCAUUCCUACCCCGAGAAGCGGUAACGCGAUUUCUGCUGGGCUGCACGGAAUGCCAACGUCGUCCGCGGACGCCUAGUCCGACGAACUUAUCCAAUCAGUCGCAAUCCACGGCUACGACGUUGGCGUCGACGCCAACUCCGCUGAGCCCGAAUCGCGGUGCUAGCAACGCCGCUCUCGCGACCUCGUCGUUAUCGUCGUCCUCGACGGUGCAGAGUAAUUCCAAGUCGCGCGAUAGCAGUCACCACGCACCGUCAGAGGCGAAGAAUUUGCACAAUUAUAGGCACCAGAAGCAGCACAAGAACAGCAGCGUCGCUGCAACGGCGGAUAAACUCGAAAAGGACAAAGACGAGAAGUACAAUCCGUUGAGUAUCACGAACCUGCUGAAGAAAGAACCAGUGAACGGUGGCUUUCUCGCCAACUCGGACGCUCUACCGGAAUCGAGAAGGACGCCGGAAUCGGACCGAGCGAGUUCGAGGAGCUCAGCAUCGUCGAAGAGGAAGCGGAUGUUGCCGGAGGGACGUACGCCCUCGCCUCAACCCAGCCAGCCGUUGCCGAGGCCCUGGAGCCCCGGGCUGGAUCCCAAGAACACGCCCAUCGACUAUAGCCUCCCCAUCACGACCUCGUACUUAAAGCAUCAGCAAAGGCUACUCCAGGCGGAGAAGAGCAAGGCCGCCGCUAACGCAGGAAGGGAGACGUUUGAGAUAUCGGAGCCCAAGAUCGUUGUGACGCCGCUUGUCGAGCAAACGGAAAGCGCCGAGAAGGAGAGAUACUCGCCGGCCACCAGUUUGAUCGACACAAACCUCAAUCUACUAGCGACUAUUCAGAACCUGCAUUGCCAAGUGAUGCUGGCGCUCACCGAGCGACUGAGACCAUCGAUCGCGAGUCCUUUAGUUCUGCCAUCGACGCCGACAAAUGCUCUCGCGGGCUCGAUGAUGAUGGCCACGGAAGUGUCAGUCCAAACAGGAGAGAAUCAUUUGUAAACUGAUUGGCGCGAAGAAGACAGGAUUGUUGACAGAUGUGAAUUGGUUUAAGGGCAUUCCUGAAAGAUGAACGAAGACUACCAAACUAUAAUCGAGAUGAAAAAUUGAUAUUUUUGCGACCAGGACUAUUUCGCGUCGAUAAUGCCGAUUGCUUGAACGUAAUCUCGUCAAUUAUUCAUUUCAGAUGAGUGUUCCUCGAUAAAAAGAUCAACUCGUUUAUUAAAAUCAGACAAUGGACAUCUGAUUUCGCACAAAGGUAUUAAAAUUUAAUUUAUUUGUACUUAUAUCGCAAUCGAACGGUUAUAAGAUUUUUCGUACAAAACGUCGAUCACAGAUCUCCCUUCAUCUUUAAUUCGUUCUUAAAUACGUAUCCGAUUGAUGCGCGGUUGCGAGGGCGAUUCGCCCUUGUCUCGUCUUCCGUCAGCGAAACGAUAGAUGGACGCAAUUACAUAUUGAACCGGAAGGGAUCGAUUAUUGUUGUCGCGCUCGUGUCACACAUUUCAUCCGAUCGAGCCGGUUGCUUGCUUGCGUCCGACGCCAGUCGAUGCCCGAUAUAGACGAUGGACCAAGCGAGCGGGAUAAUUCCCGAGUCUGUCGAAAUACGGGUCGAUGUGUCAGGGAUUCGCGCGCCGCCUCCUCUAUGUCCGAUAUUUAGGGAUCCGUUACGCGGAGAGCAGAUCUCGCGAUAUUUCGCCGCCGGACUCGACUCCGAUCGAUCCAUCCAGGCGAGGCAAAAGCAGCAGUCCGCGCGGCGACAUCGCGAAGGUCCUGAAUAUUCAACGAACCAACGAGAUAGAGAAGAGAGAGAGACGGAGAAAGAAUGAGAAGGAGAUCCAAUUUCUCGUUUUCGGGUGUCAUCCGAUGAAUUCGACAUCCGGCGUCGUUGUCGACCUGACGAAUUGUCUUUCAUAUUUCGCGGAUUCGAUCGCGCGCGACGAAUCGCUCUAAUUAUAACGUGUCCUAGAAUGGACGAAUAAUACCCUCCAGCUGAAUAAUGAAUUCUUUUUGAAUUUAGCAUGUACUUUUCCUGGCUUUAAUAAUUUUUGAGUUAAAAACCGUAAAGAUAAAUUACAUAAAUUAGAGCGGUAAAUAAAUAAUGAAAUAUUAUCCGUCAGUAUUGCCAGGUAAACUUUUUAAUAGAAUUUUAUUUAAAAUUCAGUCACAGAUAGGCGUUGAUAUUCGAAAGAUUAAAAUUUUUCUCGGGCAGCGUUUGUCCGUUAAAGAAUAAAGACAUGUGUCUCAUACUUUUGUCUGAUAUAAAGUUACAAUCUCGAGCAGUCUAGAUUAAUGCGCGAUCGGACAACAUCUUAUUGAUGCGAGAAGCGCUGACUGCAUCUGAUGUCUCAAUCUGAUGUCUUAUCUUGUAAUCGUAAUAAUGUUAUCAUGUAAUUACAUACAACGGAAAUACACCAAAUCGAUCGGGGCUGAGCAAAAUUGGCUCGUUUCGUUUAGUUUCGUUUUGCCAAAUCGGUCAACCCGAUAUUAUCGUCAGUUUCCUUUACAUUGUAUUAAUUAUCGUAUUAUUGACACGAUCGAUUUGGCGAUAUUUAAUGAUAUCACGGCGCGACCACGUAAUUGAACAUAUUAUUUCAGGCAAAGUUUAGAAAUAAUUAUAAUCGUGAGUGUUGCCAUUAUAUCAAUAUAUAAUAUUUUUUUAGUUUUUUAUAAACAAAACAUUGUUUAAUUUUACUUCAAAAUGGGCUUUAAUCUUUAAAUAUUUCGACUUUAUUUUGUUCCUUCUAAAUGUGCGCGAUAUUAAUUAAGGUAGUUAAGAUUUAUUUGGAUAAAAAAAAUAUAUGUAAGCGAAUAAGAAGAUUUUUUCGUUUAAUUUAUGAACAUACACAAGUAACUGAUUUAGAUGCUUUUAUAAAAUAAUUUGUUGACGGCAGCAAUCGCCGGACUCGAUAUUGAUUGUAUACCAAAGGCAGUAUCACUUGGAGAGCGAUCUGCGUCUUCAUAGAAUUACAGGUAAGAUGAAUCGACUGCAAUUAUAAAGCGAUUGUUUCUCGCAUCGAGACGAUUCUCGGGCAGCGAGACCCACUUCGUAUCUGACUGUGUACGUAGCCUAGCCUCGUGUACGAUAUUACUCGAAGUAGCUGUACGAUAUAGCGUGUCGUUAGCCGGUGGUAAAAAGACGUGCACCGCUAACACGAUAGACCUUAAAGUGUGCUUGCACAAAAAAAAUGUUUACUAGAAGUUCGAUAAUCGUCGUGAAAGUAGACGAGGGUUAAGAACCCUCGAGAGUGUCGUCGGAUAUACAUACAUAUACAUAUAUACAUAUACACCUAUAUAUGUAUAUAUUAUUUUGUACAUAAUUGUUGUAUUAUAGUGCGUGCAACCGAACAAAAUACGCGAUUAUGUUAAUUGAUGGCGAUCAUUCUUUUAUAUCACGGCAUUUUUUUACAUGCAUACACAUGUAUAAUGCGUUAUCAUUAUUGUAAUGAUCAUAGAUAAUUACUAUUUUUACUGC